AUGGCUGUGGACACAGUAUUAAGCCGGCCUCAGUUACCUGACCACAUUAUCCACCAAAUCAUCCAACUCCUUCCUACCAAAUCUGCUGUCCGCAUGAGCUCUCUUUCCAAGCAAUUUGAAGCUGCAUGGUACACCCAACCUGUACUAGACUUCGAUGAGGGCAAGCCACGCGAUGAUACAACUGACAGCAACCUUCAGCACAUAAAGUUCAUCAACAUCUUGGAUAGGUACUUGGACUACUUCCGUAAUGAUGAGAAAAUCAAGCAGCAACUCUUAGAUAAAUUCAGGCUUCGCAUCACUACUAACUUCUCAGUUAGUGAGUCUACUAUGGUAGAUGAGUUAUUGAGUCUUGCAGUUCGAAGAAGCGUCAAAGAGUUGGACAUUAGCAUUGGAGGUAAACAUGCAGCCUUAUACUGUUUAACCCCGAAAAAGCCCCUAAAUUUGGCGAAGUCUAUAACUACCUUGAGUUUGGAGCAUGUGACAAUUAAUGAAGAUGAAUCUAAUCCUCAUCUAAGCUUCCCGUCCUUGAAAACAAUGUCGUUAAAAACUCUGCGAUUCAGUCACUCCUUGAUAUCUAGGUGCCCUUCCCUCGAGACUUUGUCAGUAUCAACCAGUUCUAUGUGUGAUGGCUCGUCAACAUUCGUAGUUUCAAAUUCCAAUCUCAAAUCCUUGGACAUCACAAACUGCGAUUUUUUUCAAUUAGAAGUGAGAACUACGAAUCUAGAAUCUUUUACCUUUGUUUCGGAGGAUUACAUUAGGCUCAUCAGUUUGUCCAAGUGCAGAAACUUGAAAUCUUUAAACAUCCUCGCACAAAAACUGCACUACCUUUAUAUAUCUGGAUGCGGACAUUCUGUGAAGGCCACAAUCGAUAGUUCCAGUCUAGAGUAUGUUCAGUUUACUGGUUUUUUGAAGUACAAGCUUUCCAUAAAAGCUCUAAAUUUGUCAAGGGCAAGAAUUACUCUUUGUCACGAAGAGCAGAGCUUCAACGAGCCAUGGGAACAUUUUUCUUCACUGAGAGAUUUUCUUGAAAGUUUUGCUUCCUGCUACCAAGAAAUAAUCCUACGUGUUGAUCAUGCUGAGAUGGCGCAGGCUCUCAUCUUUCCAGAAAAUUUCAGGAAGACCGUCUCUCCACCAUUGCCUAUUCUUAAGCAUUUUCGGGUUCGCAUCACUUCUCCGAUGUUGGCGCGAAAUUCUGACUUGAUGGACUCAUUGACUUGGAUAGCACCUUCUGCAGAGAUUCAAAGAAUAUAA